AUGGUGCAAUGUCUGCAGAGUUUUGUGGAAAAUCAAGUCCUUGAGGAUUUGUCAACUGAUAAUGAGUCAAUCCAAGAAGAGAUUGUAAACAAACACAAUGAACUGAGAAGAAUGGUUGAUCCACCUGGUAGUGACUUACUGAAGAUGGAGUGGAACAGUGAUGACCAAGAAAAUGCACAGGCCUGGGCAAACAAGUGCACUUAUCAACAUAGUCCUCAAGAAUCCAGGACUAUCAAAGACUUAAGAUGCGGUGAAAAUCUCUUCAUGGCAUCUUACCCAGCAUCAUGGUCUCAGGCCAUCCAAACCUGGUAUGAUGAAUCCAAAGUUUUUAAGUUUGGUUCAGGGCCAACAACACAGGGUGCAGUAGUUGGACAUUAUACUCAGCUAGUUUGGAAUUCUUCUCACCAACUUGGAUGUGGAGUCGCUGAGUGCCCUAACAACCCAUUGAAAUACUUCUAUGUUUGUCACUAUUGUCCUCCCGGAAAUUUUCAGAACAGGAUAUACACCCCUUAUACAGUGGGAGAACCAUGUGCCAGUUGUCCUAAUCACUGUGACGAUGGACUGUGCAAUAGAGGCCUCUGGGAGUCCAUCGUUGAUGAUGAGUACCACAGCGAUGGCCACUGUACCAUCAGUCACCAGGCAGUCUGGGGAGAGGCGGCAUACUGCCAGGGCAGAGCCUUCCUCCCUCACCAGGAAGCAGCUUCAAUUCCAAACAAGAGAUGGGUGCCUUGGUAG